ACUGGUACCUAUUAUUUACGACUAAUGACCGUCUCAAGUAGAAUCCCGCCAUGGUAUAUGAAAUUGGGUAUAGGUAGAAAUGAUUCUAUAAUAUGGCUUUUGUUUUUAGGAUUCCGUAUCAAAAUGGUACAAAAGGAACCCUUACGGUGCGACUCUGUUCAAGCUUUGUACAAUUUGCACCAGAACUGCGAUUUUAUUCACGAAAGGAGUUGGUGUUGUUAUGGUUGUCAUUAUUUUCCUCAUUGCAACUAGGUAGUUUUGUUAAUCACUCAGUCAGCGGUGUUUGUUUUGGUAGGGUGUGCGACGGUGAAGUAAGUAGUUGUGCUUGGUAUUGUUUGUUUGGAUGUUUUUAAUUCUUGUGAUUUUUCUUCGCGGAUGAUGAGUUCCUUUCCUGCAAUAAAUAGUUUGUUUUUUCUUACAGUUGCGUAUUAGCCUUCUUAACGUGCUUGUAUCAUAAUUUCUCGUAGUAAUUUUCGUUAUUCAAGAGAUGUUGUGUAUGACCAUGCAGAUACAGAGUAACCUGUAAAUUAAAGCAGUAGGUAGGCGUUUUGUAGUAGGUAUAUAAUUUGUCAUUCGUUUAUGUCUCUGUCUAUUGGUUUAAAUCUAUUUUUAGCGGGUGACGCUAAACUUUUUUACCUAGUCGGCUGGCUCCUUCCAUAAAUCCGUUCAUGUCGUAAACAUGUUGUCCACUAGGUGGCAUCAUUCUGGUUCCAUUUCUGAGUCAAGUUCGUCCAGUCUGUAAAGAAUUAUUGUUUUUGUUGGUUCAUUGUGGUGGGUGCAGGUGAAAUUACUCACAUUCUAUAAGAAUUAAGAAACCAAAGUUAAUAUUUACUUCACCAAUCACUGUACAGAACAUGCAAGACUGCAGUGCAGGAUCCUCUGAGGAGAAAAUAUUGCCAUUUGGAGAUUAUGAUGUUAUCCCGGGCACUACGGGAUUACCUAAAGGAGUCACUCUUACACAUAUAUCUUUCCUGAACUUGUCACAGAAUAUGAAACAUUAUGUGGAUGCAUCAACAGAAUCAAACGAUAUUGAAGUAAAGAAUUUCUUAGCUUUAAUACCUUGGUUCCACGCCUAUGGCUUCAUUACAACUUCGGGUGUGUUGUCAUUCCGUCUUGGUAAAGUGUUCCUGACCCGCUUUGAAGAUAAGUUGUUUUUGGAAACCGUACAAAAUUAUAAGGAUGCGCUGAUCUUGAGCAUCAAUGGUGCAUUAGGAGGAAUCGAGUUGACUUAUAUCACUGUCAACAACGACAUAGUGACAUUCACAAUGCGAGACAGCAAAACUAAGACUGCCAGAUCAUUGGUGAUUCGAGAUGAAAUACCUAAUGAAUAUUUCUAAAAACAACCCAAAAAAUAUUGUUUCGGCAGCUAACACAACAGCCAAGUCUCAUAAUGAUGUACACCACGCCUCGUCAGCAUCACACCAGCAACAUCAAUCACUUUACACAGAUCCACAACCAAGCUCCCGUCACCCUCCAGUUUACAUUGAGCAUUGUAGUCCUGAGAAAAUCAAAAUUGAUACCCACCCAAAAUCUUCUAGCACACGUUCACUGCCAUCUACUGCUCUUUAUCAUUAUUAUAUUAUCAUAAUAUUAUUAUUAUCAACCACCAUUAUACACUGCAGCCAGAUUGGAGAUUGGUCACAGUCUGCACUUGGUGAAUCAAAUUCUCAGCCUCUAUUUCCUUCUCAGUGGGAAGGAAGGGCAAGUGAACUGUCAACCAGUGUCACUGCAUCCUCACAGCCAGGGUCAAUUUCAAAUGGACAGCAAACUAAUAUUCGUGCACCUCGUGGAAAGAGAGCAGUUACGAUAACCGGUAGCCCUAAUAUGUCGAAUGUUAAUCUUCCAUCCAAUGAUGGACGAGGUGGAACAAUAACAGUUACAAUAACUGGUAGCCCUAACAUGUCAAAUGUUCAUUUUCCAACCGAUGAUGGACCUGGUGGACCAAGAACAGUUACAAUAACCGGUAGCCCUAAUAUGUCAAACGUUGAUUUUCAAUAUAAUGGUGGACCUGGUGGAUCAAGAACAGUUACAAUAACCGAUUGCCCUAAUAUGUCACAUGUUACUUUUCAAUACAAUGAUCAACCUGGUGUAUCAAUAACAGUUACAAUGACCACUUGCCAUAGUAUGUCAAACGUUAAAUUUAUUUUCAAUGCUGGGCCUGGUUCAACAAUAACAGCUACGUUGUUCAAUUGCCCUAAUAUGUCAAGAGUAACAUUUAUUUUCGAUGCUGCACCUGGUAAAACAGUAACAGCUACAUUAACCGAUCGCCCUAAUAUUUCAGACGAAACAUAUGUUUACAACUAAAUUUGUUACAAACAUGUCAUUUUUUUGACUAGCAGAAUGCCCUCAGUAUAUACAAAACAAAUGUAUAUAUUCGAAGCCGACUAAUCUAACGCGACCAGAGAUGGACGGCGGGUAAAUACCUGCGGUGGCAUCAUGGUUCCAUUUUUAUCACUUGUCACUAUGCCCGUCACUUUCGCGCUUACAUACUUGUUAGAACGUGACAGGCCUGGUGACAAAUGAUAAAGAGCCGACCAUCUUAGCCCUACUGGGGUAGAUAUCGGGUAUAUUUCGGUAAUUUACCCGUUAUUUAUCUAUUCUACCCGAAUGAGUGGGUCUAAAUAAAAUGACGUAAAAAUAGUUUUCUUGGUAGUCAUGUAGUUCUUACAAAUGUAAUAUUUGUAUACUUACAAGUAAAAUUGGCUAAAGAAUUCGUCAAAUGUUUAAUAGAUGUCUAUAAAAUAUCGAUUCAUAGCACAUGGAAAUUGACAGGCGUAAAAAGUUACACAAUGAAAGCAAUUACAAUAACAAAAUACGAUAAUGAAAAAAAAAACAUAUACAGAGUGGGACAUUUCUAGAGGUUGAGCUGAAAGGAUAGUGUUAUAUAAGUGAGUGACAAUCGAGUAAUUAAAAUCAUAAAGCUGGUUAUAAAGUAGAAGAAAAUCAUUAAAAUAACAUAUUUUUAUAUAAGUGACAACCUGAAAAAUGAUUUACAUUUUAAAUUGAUCCAUGUCAUAUCAUUCAUCGGAUGUACUUGCUAGGGUUGAAAAAUACAGAUUUUUGCUAGUGCAAAAAUUUAACAGUUUAACAAACAACUUUAGCAUUAACAAUAACCAACUAAAGCAAUUACAAUAACAAAAUACGAUAAUGAAAAGGAAUAUGAUAAAUACCUGUAUUAAAUAAUAAAUAAAAUAAAAUGUAGUAUUAACAGUAACAAACUACGAUAAUAAAAAAAAUAUUAGUAUAAACACUAUAAACUAAAAUAGGGAAUAUAAACUAAAUAAAUAAGUAUCAAAAAAUAUAUUAUUAAAACCAAAAAAAAUAUUAAAAAAUAAACAUCUAUAUAAAAUAAUUAAAAAAAAAUUAAUUAUAUGAAAACACUUGUUACAGACAUAAAAAAAAUGUAUGCAAACUUUCCUACAAAUUAAUAAAGUGAAAAAAAAAACAAUAUCUUAUAAAAUAGCUUAAAUUAACAUUUAUAGACCAUAUAACAAAA